AUGAGAUCUCCUGUUGCUGGAAAGAGUUUUGUGUGUCUACGAGAUGCAGUCUUUGAAAUACUACCAGUUAUCACGAAAAACUGGGGCCAUGGUAGAAGCCCCGCUGGUUGGUUUACGACAAAACUUCCGGAAAAAUUCAAAGUGUGGAAUGAUCUGAUUGACAACCUUCCCGAACUGUUUAAGACUGGUAGUCUGAGAUCAGAAGUACGCGCGUUGCCUCUGUUGCAUCCAGACGGUCUAACCUCUGUGGAUCAGCUGAGGUUUGCUCACAAAAUUCUCGCAUUCGCUACCUCAUCAUAUGUGUGGAUAAAUGGAGACGAAGGCGCUACAAAGUCGAUUCCACCACAGCUAGCAGUCCCAUUGGUCGAAGUUUCGGAAAAGCUUGCUUUAAAGCCUGUGAUAACUUAUCACGACCUGGUUCUCACAAACUGCUACUAUCUUGGACAAGAAGACCUGCCAAAAACCAUACACCAGCUUUCUCAUCAUGAAGGAUGGAAGCCAUACAUUGAGCUUCAUGCUCUCGUGGAAAUCUGUUAUUCGCCCUGCCUGGAUGCAAUCUUAAAUGCAAUAGAGGCUCAAAGUCCAUUGAAUGCCGACAAGAUAAUCGAUUCACUUGAACAAAUAACCAAGGUCUUCCAGUUUAUGCCAAAGGUUUUGGAAAGAUUUUAUGGUUGGCUAGAUCCAGAGGAGUUUAUGUUUAGCUUAAAGCCGCUUAUUUGGGGGUGGAAUAUCGGAUCCCUGAAAUCCGGCUUGCUGUACGAAGGCGUUCGAACACCAGACGUGUUAGAUGACCUUUCCGGGACCGAACAGCAGAAAGAAAACGAUCAGAGACUGGGCAGGCGCUUUACAUUCACCGGACCCAAUGGAGCGCAGUCUAUCUUUCUGCAGGCUACUGACCUAUUCCUUGGAGUAGCACAUGAUCCAAGAGAUGAUGCCUUUUUCAGUCGAAUGAGAAAAUACAUGACUGCUCAACACAACCAAUUCCUCGAGGAUGUUGCCAAGUACAGCCGGAUUAAGGAAAUUGUAAGUUCUACGGACAAUCCCAAACUGAAGUCAGCAUACGAAAAGUGCUUGGAAACCGUGCGGGAAUACCGUAAUAACCAUACAAGAUUGGUUACAAAGUGAGUUUAAUCACGUACAAAUGCGAUGUUUCAAAGGUAUACCAUUGAACCACAGGCCGCUCGUGCUAGCAAAUCAAAAUCUCCCGAGGAGGUCAUUGCUGCUGGAAA